GGGGAAGGGAGGAGGGAAGGAGGCUCCGGGCAACCGAGGCUUAGCCGGGCGGCCGGAAGUUCCUCACCAAUUUCCCCGCGACGCCUUGACACGCCGCCCGCCAACGCCUCACACCGGUCGAUGGGCAAAUCCACACAUCGUUGAGCCCCAAACGCGUUGAUCGCGUCCCAAGCCCGCCAUGUUUGGCAUCCUCGAGGCCGUCUCGGUGCCCCAUUCGGGCAUCUACAACACAUACGAGGACCUGUUCAAGGGGUUGAAUGAUGGCAUGGAAAAGGAUGGCUACAAGAUCGUCAAGGCUAGGUCUCACCGCGGCAAAGUGGGUGGUGCCGACAUCCCAGGGAACGAGAUAGUACGAUGCGAUCUCGUCUGCGACCGAGGCGGCAGGCCGUACCGUUGCAUGGCCACCAAGCACAAGACAACGACCAAGAAGACUGAUUGCCCGUGGAAGGCCAAGGCGGUGCAUCGCAAGACGAUGGGCGGUUGGGUACUGACGAUAACCUGCGAUCAGCACAACCACGAGCCAGGAACCCCAGAACCCCCGACACCCGAACCGGUCAGCGAAGACGAGAACAAUACCGUUGAGGAUUUAGAAGGUGAGGAGGCGUGGGAUACAAAUACUUCGCUGUUUCUAACGGCCACAGAUGAUGGGCCUUUGCCUGAUGCCGAGACUUCGGCUGCGAUCCAGGUUGCCGGCGUGUCAAACGCCGUCCUCCGCUUGACUGGCGAUACCUUCCACCAGUUCAAGGGCGAGUACCGCAAAAUGUCGCAGCCAGAACGUCUAGGGAUUCUAUCGCAGUUGCAGCUCAGAGUUGCAGCCAUUUACGCCGUCCAGAACGAGGACGUACAGCGACAGAAGAGACAGGAGGCUCAAGAUAAGCGACAUCGUCAGAUCGAGGAUGGCAAGCGGCAAUCCGCUGCACAGAAACAGCGAGCUCGUCAACGAAGACAAGUUGAACAGAACCAACAACAACAAAUGCACGCUCAGCAGCAGCAUGUACAGCAGCAGCCACUGCCUCAGCAGGAUGUGCAAGCACAAGCUCAAGCCCAAGCACAGGCACAGGCCCAAGCUCAGGCCCAGGCUCAGGCUAUGAUGCAAUCGCAACUGUAUUUGCCGCAGAAUCCGCAGCAAACCCCGAUACCCGUUCCGGGGAUAGACAUGCCCCAAUUCCAACACUACCCGGGUCCUCCAAAGCGCAUGCGCGGACGGCCGUCGCAGGGGGGGCAGCAGACGGGAUAAAAGGACCACAGGCGUUAUACGGAAUUGGCGCUGCUCGUUUUGAUAAGGAUAAGGAAGGAAAAGGAAGAAGGGUUCAACAGCGCAUAUUUGUGGCCCUAACGGGAAUACGUGCGGGUUUCCACUGGUUCUGUUAGCGUAGCCGCCGCAGUACUCACCGCCAAAAUUUCUCAGAUUUUGCCGAUUUUGCCAAACUGCCCCACCAUGCCGCCUUGAACCAUCCAGAUAUUUCACAAGCACAACAGCAGCUCCUUUCACGAUGGCGACAAUCGUACCCCCGCCGUCUAAGCGGCAAAGGCGCGAAGAGCUUGAGCGCUCCCACAUCCAGCAAGAUGUCACAGCCAUCGCACUGGGACCUGCCGGCUCCUUCAAGGCCCGCUUCCAGGACAGUGAUGGCAAGCAGCUGGCCGAUGUGAUUGAAGUGCCUCUUGCCGAUGCCUCGGAGAAGAACCUGUCGCUUCUUUUGAAUACUCUUUUGGCUAGGGUACGUUUGUCAU